GUUGGGUCCAAGUACUAACGUAAAACUGUCGUAAUGUGCUCUUACUUUACGGCAUGUGUUACCAAAACAUCUGCGUGUCAGCGUGCUGUCCUUGUGAGAUGAACACAAAGUAGGAGAACAGAAGAAAUGGCUUCGCGUUUUUUAAGAUUCUCGGUAUUGAUCCAGAAGUAUAGGACGCCUCUGCUCCUUGUUGGAUGUGGUGGCGUUUUCUCUACAAACAUUUUCUAUCAUGUUUUCCCAGAUCAUACAUACAGAAAAGUGUACCAGGCUUGGCACAAAGGACAACCGGCCAGCCUGUCUGAGAAGCUCAGUUGUCUCUUUCAAGAGGUUCUGAAAGAUUGUGCUGUCAACUCUCCUGAUAACUUCCAUGCAUUUGCUGCCUUUGGGUUUCAUCCGGUAGGGGCAGGUAUUCCGUGGCCUCCCUCUGGAACACUGAUCGGUAUUCCUGCUAACUUCAACAGCACCACUGAUGAUCCUUCGGGCAUCACCAACCGCACUAUUCUUGUCAAUGGCAAAGAGGUGGAAUGGGACAGCGAAUUGGGUACCACUCUCAAAAAUUCCCUGGUGUUCUCUCCUGAGGCACAGAAGUUUGCUAUAGCCCGAGAAGUAGUUCGGCUGGGGGCUGGGGGUCCGGUGAUACACGCUGCAGUGGCUCCAGCAUGUAUCGCUGGGGCUUGUGUAUAUAACGUAGCCCUCAAGCAAAUCUUCGGUCUUCAUGCUGGGUCCAUCAUCCUUAGAGCUUGUGUUAAUGUGUUUGCUCUCGGUUUAGGAGCCAUCUCUUAUGUCUUUGCCUCUGAUGCUCUUAGUCAGUGGUUGGACUAUAGCUCGGACCGCCGUGCAGCAUGCCUGUCUAGCAACUACGCGAAAGGUGGCGUAGAGUUUUAUGACAAAAUCUUGACACGGAACAGGACCCUGCGCGCUCUGAUGGGUCCUAAAGGGGAAGAGUUGUACGCCCCCAGUGGAAACUUGUUUCCCAGUCAUCUUCUGAAACUCAGUCACGCCCCUUAUACAUCUAGACGAGAUGGGAUUUUAAGUCUUUUGAAAAAAGAGAAAAUAUAAACUGCAAAAUAGAUUGUACGUAUGAGGUAAUGGCUUUUGGUGCCCACCAUGUAAAAAACUGGUACAGUUGCUUUGAACCUGAAUAAAUAAUUUAUAAUCUUA